UUCUUUUGGGAGUUGUUUCAGUCUUUCCGGAAUCCGGCGACGAGACAUGAAAUUCGGCAAGAGUCUCAACAACCAGAUCGAGAAAACCCUACCGGAGUGGCGGGACAAGUUCCUCUCUUACAAGGAACUCAAGAAGAAGUUGAAGAUCUUGGAGCCUCCCAAAUCCUCCGUCGACGACAGGCUGUCCAAACGGCCCAGGCUCGAUGAUGGUGCCGCCUCCGGUGAGUCUUCACCGGAGGAGAUUGACUUCAGGAACUUGCUGGAGGGAGAACUCGACAAAUUUAACACCUUCUUUGUUGAGAAAGAAGAAGAGUGCAUUAUUAGAUUGAAGGCACGAGUCUCCUCAUUGUCCCCCCCCCCCCCCGCCGCGCUUAGCAAUAUUCAAUUGCUUUUUUAUCGUGCAGAGUUUCUCUGCUACCACUAUAAACAAUUGCUCAAAAUGCCUAAUUGUUUUCUCAAUUUCCGCCGUACAGGACUUGUGAAAAUACUGAAGAAGUAUGACAAGAGAACUGGUGCCCUAAUUCGCUUAUCUUUCAUCCGAAAAGUCUUGCGGCAGCCUUUCUUUACUACAGAGAUGCUCUACAAGCUUAUAAAAGAAUGUGAAACAAUGCUGGAUGGUUUAUUUCCGGUGAAUGAUACUCCUGCCUCGGUUGAUGCUGCUUCUCAAUCUGAUGGAUGCGAUCUUUCAACAACAACUUCAACUUCUUUCAAGAGCGGUGAUUGUCCGUUGGUACCCAAGGAACUGGCAAAGAUUGUGAAUAAGCAGAGCCUUUUUAUGAAGAGCACCAUAUCAGCAUUACAUGUUUUGCAGGAAAUUAGAUCUGGAAGCUCCACGAUUAAUAUGUUUUCACUACCACCAUUGGCAAUCAGUGGGUUGGGAGAAACAUGGAAGAAAGUUUCUGUUCUGGAACAAGUAGCCAAGUAAUCUUCUGGAUUGCAUUGAUGGUGGCCUAGUGGGUUCUUUAAAUUUCCUUCCUUUUUUCUCUCUAAA